CGUUCGCUCUUUUUCGUUAAAAAGUGUUAAACCCUCUUUCUUCUCAAUCCCUUCUGAAACCCCUUUAAAACCCUAGCAUAGCCCCCAUUCCACAUUUCCUUCCGGCACUCGCAACCGGAAACCCUAAAAUCCAGGUUCUACUAUGCCCAUUAAGCUCCUCCCGCAUAUCCGCCUCCUCAACCCUUCUCUCCCGUUCACCCGUUUCCCUGUCAUGUACCUCGGACCCUCGGCCCAAUCCUCUCGAGCCGUACCCGUUCUCUCUCGGGUCUUCCCGUUCAGGCUCAGGUACUCGGCGUCUGGGUCUCGUAGUUUACGCAAGGAACAACUUGGCAUAGUACGGAGAUUCUCGACCCGUCCGAUGAGGACCGGGUCGGACGCCGAGUUCGGGUCGAGACGGGAGGCUAGGGCUCCCAAGAGCUUGGUCGAGGAUGAGGCGGACCUCAGUGACUGGGUCGGCGCGUUGAGGACCGAUUCGUUCCGCGGCAAACUCACCAGCGACGACGAAGCCUCGGAGGCGAAUAGAGUUCGGAGUAGAACGGGGGGGAGAGGUGGGGAAAAGGGUAGGGACUCGUUUCCGAUGAAGAGGAGGAGGGAGGGCGACUCGGGUGAGUUUCGUGACUCGACUCGGAACCACAAGGACUCGUUUUCAAAGAAUUCACCAACUGUUAGGCGGUUUGACAAUGAGGAGGAAGGUCUUUCUCGUAGGAGGAAUAAUGGGUCUCGAGGUGGGUAUGUGAAUGCGAAUGUGAACUCUUGGACGGGAAAGAGAGGUGGGAGAGGUAUGGGUUCACCAGCUGUUAGGCGAUUUGACGUUGAGGAGGAAGGUUUUUCUCGCACAGGGAAUAAUGGGUCUCGAGGUGGGAAUGUGAAUGCGAUGGGUAAGAGAGGUGGGAGAGAUAUGGGUUCGCCAGCUGUUAGGCGUUUUGGCGAUGAGGAAGAGGGUGUUUCUCGUACAAGGAAUAAUGGGUCUCGAGGUGGAAAGAGAGGUGGGAGAGAUAUGGGUUCAGGGUAUGCGCGAAAUGGAGUACAAGGCGUGAACGAUUCAAGGAAGCAACCGCGCUGGAUGGAUGGUGAUGAUGAUGUUGAUGAGCUGAGGGGUGGCAUUGGGGAUUUGCUUACUGAGGAAGAUAGUGAUGCUGAAGAUGACGAUGAUGAUGGUGAAUUGUUGAAGGAGAGUGCGAGCUCUUUGUUUGGAUCGGAUAAGGGAGCGAGCGAGAGCACGAGGGUGGCACCUAGGAGUUCACCUGCACAGUCUGACUCGUAUCUAAGUGAGACUCGAUUCGAUCAAUGUUCAAUAUCUCCAUUGUCAUUAAAAGGAAUCAAGGACGCUGGAUUUGAGAAAAUGACUGUAGUACAGGAGGCAACUCUACCAGUAAUACUGAAAGGUAAGGAUGUUCUGGCCAAGGCCAGAACAGGCACUGGAAAAACUGUAGCAUUUCUGCUUCCAUCGAUUGAAGUUGUAGUGAAGUCGCCCCCUAUCGAUCGAGAUCAAAAGCGAUCCCCGAUUCUUGUGCUUGUAAUAUGCCCAACUCGAGAGCUUGCAAGCCAAGCUGCUGCAGAAGGUAGCACUCUGUUGAAGUAUCAUCCUUCAAUUGGUGUUCAAGUUGUAAUAGGAGGUACAAGACUUACGCUAGAACAGAAACGCAUGCAAGCAAACCCUUGCCAGAUUCUUGUUGCUACACCUGGAAGGCUCAGAGAUCAUAUUGAGAACACCCCUGGUUUUGCAACUAGGCUGAUGGGCGUGAAAGUCCUUGUACUCGAUGAAGCUGAUCAUUUACUAGACAUGGGAUUUCGUAAAGAAAUUGAGAAGAUAAUUGCUGCUGUCCCAAAACAACGACAGACACUUUUGUUUUCUGCCACUGUUCCAGAAGAGGUUCGUCAAAUCAGUCACAUUGCUUUGAAAAGAGAUCAUGAAUUUAUCAAUACAGUUCAAGAGGGCACCGAGGAGACGCAUUCACAGGUCAGGCAAAUGCAUUUAGUUGCUCCAUUAGACAAGCAUUUCUCACUACUGUAUGUUCUCCUAAAAGAGCAUAUUGCAGAUGAUGUGGACUAUAAGGUUCUUGUAUUCUGCACAACUGCCAUGGUCACACGACUGGUUGCUGACCUUCUUGGGGAGCUGAACUUGAAUGUUAGAGAGAUCCAUUCUAGAAAGCCACAGAGUUACAGAACCAGGGUAUCUGAUGAAUUCAGGAAGUCAAAGGGUCUUAUCCUUGUGACUUCUGAUGUAUCUGCACGCGGAGUAGAUUAUCCAGACGUUACCCUUGUCAUACAGGUGGGCUUGCCAGCUGAUAGAGAGCAGUAUAUACAUCGACUUGGUAGAACAGGGCGUAAGGGUAAAGAGGGGCAAGGCAUACUGUUACUAGCACCUUGGGAGGAAUUCUUUUUAUCUACUACCAAGGACUUGCCAAUAACGAAGGCUCCACCACCUUCAGUCGAUCCAGACACAAAGAAACAGGUUGAACGAGCAUUAUCCCAAGUGGAGAUGAAGAACAAAGAAGCAGCAUACCAGGCCUGGCUUGGUUAUUACAAUUCCAAUAAGAAAAUUGGCCGGGACAAGCACAAGCUUGUGGAGCUUGCUAAUGAAUUCAGCCGAAGCAUGGGGCUUGACAACCCUCCUGCUAUCCCCAAGCUUGUCCUUGGCAAGAUGGGCCUAAAGAAUAUCCCUGGUUUGCGGUCCAAAUAGAUCAAGAGCUCAGGAGUUUCUUUUUUAAUCUUUUUUUCCUGAGCAGUUGUUUAUCCAAAUAGGAGUUGAUGUUUUUGAGGGAGUAUUCUUGUGGACAAGUUGUGUAAUCAAACAAGUUUCCUAUGAAAUUCAUUCUUUGUCAUUUCUUUUGCUA